GCCGCGUCCUCAGCCUUGCGCUCCGCCCGCUGCCUCCGUCGCCUCUGCCUGGCCCUUGGAGCGCUGAGCCGGGGACACACCGGCCCCUUUGCCUGCCCGCCCUUCGGCCGCAGCCAGCAUGGGGGGCCGCUGAGAGCGAGCUCCUCUUCUCUCUGGCACCUCCCCCGGCCACUGGCCACUGGACUCUGGCCAGCGAGGCUCGGCCACCUCUGGCUCAUAGUCCGACGCCUGACACGGCCCUCGGCUCUGCUCCUCCGGCUCUGAGCAUCGUGUCUCCGCCCCCCCCGCCCGCGCCUGGGACACCUGGGUCCCCCGGCGGCCCCUAGGAGAGGGGCGGGGGGGGCAUGAAGCCGCUGGAGAAAUUUUUGAAGAAGCAGACGUCGCAGCUGGCGGGGCGAGCGGUGGCGGGAGGUCCCGGUGGGGGUCCGGGUUGCUGCGGAGGGCCUGGAGGGGGUGGGGGUCCUGGCGGGGGCGGUGGUCCAGCCGGGGGACCACGGCCACUGCAGAGGCGUCAGAGCGUGUCUCGCUUGCUGCUCCCAGCUUUCCUCCGAGAGCCACCAACCGAGCCCGGGCUGGAGCCGCCGGCUGAGGAGGAAGGGGGAGAGCCAAUAGGGGUCUCUGAGGAGCUGGGCAGCGGGGGGCCCUGUUGGCUGCAGCUAGAGGAGGUGCCCGGGCCUGGGCCGCUGGGGUGCGGGGUACCUCUGCGCUCCCCUUCCUCAUACUCCUCAGAUGAGCUAUCCCCUGGCGAGCCCCUGGCUUCACCGCCCUGGGCCCCCCUGGGCGCCCCGGAGCGACCAGAGCAUCUUCUGAACCGGGUUCUAGAGCGCCUGGCUGGAGGGACCACCAGGGACAGCAGCGCCUCAGAUGUCCUGCUUGACGACAUCGUCCUCACCCACUCCCUCUUCCUGCCAACAGAAAAGUUUCUACAAGAAUUACAUCAGGUCAGCUUUGUUCAGUCGAGGAAUGUGGAGGGUCCAGAGGGGCUGGGCCGGAAGCAAGCCUGUCUAGCCCUGCUCCUCCACUUCUUGGAUACCUACCAAGGACUGCUGCAAGAGGAAGAAGGGGCCGGCCACAUCAUCAAGGAGCUGUAUCUACUGAUUAUGAAGGAUGACUCCCUUUACCAAGACCUUCGAGAGGAUACCCUGAGGCUGCAUCAGCUGGUGGAGACAGUGGAGCUAAAGAUUCCGGAAGAGAGCCAGCCACCCAGCAAGCAGGUUAAGCCUCUCUUCCGCCACUUCCGCCGGAUAGAUUCCUGUCUGCAGACCCGAGUGGCAUUCCGGGGCUCCGAUGAGAUCUUCUGCCGCGUCUACAUGCCUGACCACUCUUACGUGACCAUACGCAGCCGCCUCUCAGCUUCAGUGCAGGACAUUCUGGGCUCUGUGACGGAGAAGCUGCAGUAUUCGGAGGAGCCCGCAGAGCGUGAGGAUGCUCUCAUCCUGGUAGCUGUUGCUUCCUCUGGAGAGAAGGUCCUCCUCCAGCCAACAGAGGACUGUGUUUUCACCACGCUGGGCAUCAACAGCCACCUAUUUGCCUGUACCCGGGACAGCUAUGAGGCCCUAGUACCCCUUCCUGAGGAGAUCCAGGUCUCCCCUGGAGACACAGAGAUUCACCGGGUAGAGCCUGAAGAUGUUGCCAACCAUCUCACUGCCUUCCACUGGGAGCUGUUCCGAUGUGUGCAUGAGCUGGAGUUCGUGGACUACGUGUUCCAUGGGGAGCGUGGCCGCCGGGAGACGGCGAACCUGGAGCUGCUGCUGCAACGCUGCAGCGAGGUCACCCACUGGGUGGCCACCGAGGUGCUGCUCUGCGAGGCCCCCGGCAAGCGUGUGCAGCUGCUUAAAAAGUUCAUUAAGAUCGCAGCCAUCUGCAAGCAGAACCAGGAUCUACUGUCCUUCUACGCAGUGGUCAUGGGGCUGGACAAUGCUGCUGUCAGCCGCCUGCGGCUCACCUGGGAGAAGCUGCCGGGGAAAUUCAAGAACCUGUUCCGCAAAUUUGAGACCUUGACGGACCCCUGCCGGAACCAUAAAAGCUACAGAGAAGUCAUCUCCAAAAUGAAGCCCCCUCUGAUUCCAUUUGUGCCCCUGAUCCUCAAAGACCUGACCUUCCUGCAUGAGGGGAGCAAGACCCUCGUGGAUGGUUUGGUGAACAUUGAGAAGUUGCAUUCAGUGGCGGAGAAAGUGAGAACAAUUCGAAAAUACCGGAGCCGGCCCCUCUGCCUGGACAUGGAGGCAUCCCCACAUCACCUGCAGACCAAGGCCUACGUGCGCCAGUUCCAGGUCAUCGACAACCAAAACCACCUCUUUGAGCUCUCCUACAAGUUGGAGGCUAAUAGUCAGUGAGGGUGAGGGGGCCCAGCUGCCCCCACCUCAGCCCUCGGCAUCUGGCUCUCAAGCACUUUGCAUGAUGCCCUCGACAGCCCACAUCGGACAGCUUUUCCCUGGGCCCGGAUUCCUGAUCCUACAAGGAGGAAUUGGGUUGACCUACCAGAACGCAUAAGCUUGUUCAUCCUGCUGAGGUCUUCUUGCCUCGUUAGUUUCUUCACACUCAUACUACUCUCCUGAUACCUGGCCUCUCUGGGCAAGGGACGACAGAGC